UCUGCUGGCAGAGAUGCGCAUGUGAAGGGAGAGGAGCGCAGAGAGGCGUAAAGCACCACGGAGCUGCUGACCGGCGGUGAGAUGAACAUGUGACCGCUGUGAGCUCGCUCAGUCGCUGCUACACCUGCAGGAUCAUAUCAGCGGAGGUUUGCUCCAUCAUCUCUGUGAUACGGUGACACGGCUGAGAGGAGGAUGGACCCCACGGAGCAAGGUGCCCAGAUAGAGCCGCUGCUGAGAACGAGGAAUGAUGACGAGGCUGUGGUGGACCGAGGAGGAACACGGUCCCAACAGGGGACCAACAUCGGGCAAGAGGAUCUUGAAGGCCACAGGACUCUCUACAUCGGGGUCCACGUCCCCCUGGGCAGUACCAGGCGCCACAGCCAUCGCAGGCACCAUCACCAUGGAAACAAAUACAAGAAAAGGAGCAGGGACCGGGACCCCACCCUGGUGGAGGGUAGAGAGUCUCCAAUUUAUGAUACUCCGUCCCAGAGAGUGCAGUUCCUACUGGGCACUGAGGAUGACGAUGAAGAGCACAUUCCUCAUGACCUCUUCACACAGAUGGAUGAAAUCUGUCUAAAGGAGGCAGAGGAUUCAGAUUGGAGGGAAUCUGCCAGGUGGCUGAAGUUUGAGGAGGACGUGGAGGACGGAGGAGAGCGGUGGAGUAAACCCUACGUAGCCACUCUGUCUCUACACAGCCUGUUUGAGCUGCGGAGCUGCAUUAUCAACAGCACUGUGCUGCUCGACAUGAGGGCUAACACCAUUGAAGAGGUUGCAGACAUGGUGUUGGACCAGCAGGAGUUAUACGCACCGCUGGGAGAUGAUCUCAGGAAGAGAGUGCAUGCCACACUGCUGAGGCAGCACCACCACCAGAACCAGAAGAAGCUGGCUAACCGCCUGCAGAUUGUACGCUCCCUCGCUGACAUGAAGAAUGGUCAGCUGACAGCCUCCACGUCUCAGUUAGCAACUCCAGACGGGAAAGGGGACAUCUCUAGAGAGAACAGUUCAGUGGACUUCAGCAAGAUAGACCUUCAUUUCAUGAAAAAGAUCCCGGCUGGGGCUGAAGCGUGUAACGUGUUAGUAGGAGAGCUGGAAUUUCUGAACAAGCCGGUGGUGGCGUUUGUCCGCCUCUCACCGGCGGUCAUACUCAAUGGGCUGACUGAAGUCCCCGUUGCCACAAGGUUUCUGUUUAUUCUUCUAGGGCCUUUGGGUAGAGGGCCUCAGUAUCAUGAGAUUGGAAGAUCCAUUGCAACACUUAUGACAGAUGAGGUUUUCCAUGAUGUUGCCUAUAAAGCUAAAGACCGCAAUGAUCUGAUCGCUGGGAUUGAUGAAUUUCUCGAUCAAGUGACAGUCCUGCCUCCUGGAGAGUGGGACCCAACCAUAAGAAUCGAGCCACCAAAAAAUGUACCUUCUCAGGUGUGCUCGGCUGUCAAUUCCUGGAUCUCUGAGACCCUGGUUCCCACGAAGAUUUUGAACCGGCAUGACUCCGACGUCAGCCAGGUCAAGACUGUGGUGGAUCGAAUCAGUCCAGAGAUAGGUCUGGGUGAUGUUUAA